UUUUUCUUUUCAUUUUGAGUGAAGACUGCUGAGUUUUACUCUUCAUAUUGAGUGAAGACUGCUGAGUUUUUCUUUUCAUUUUGAGUGAAGACUGCUGAGUUUUUCUUUUCAUAUUGAGUGAAGACUGCUGAGUUUUUCUUUUCAUUUUGAGUGAAGACUGCUGAGUUUUACUCUUCAUAUUGAGUGAAGACUGCUGAGUUUUACUCUUCAUAUUGAGUGUUGCCUGUGAAUUUCACAUCUUCAACAUUAAAACUUCAAUCAAGGGAGGGUAAGGACAUUUUCAUUUAUGCAUUUAAUGUAAUUUAUGAUUAUGUUUGACAGUGUAUAACAAUUCUGCAUAACAAUUGAAUAUUUUUUUAUGUCACAGGGAAGAGUAUACAUUCAAGCAUUUCAAUUUAGUUUUUCGUUUAAUGUCCUACGUCACAGCACGUUCUUCUUGAGCUGUCCAAAUCAGACUGAAUAAAUGCAGAUUCAUGUAGGGACAUCAAGUGUAUUUUCAGGAAUUUGGCUCAAAUCUCUCAUCAAGUUGUAGAAACAUAUUUUUAAAGGGAUACAGCCUAUAGACCCCUGAAUGGAUCCAACUUUGAAAAUGUGCCUCGGUUGCCAUGGCACCUGUUACUGCACUGAAUGUGAUUCUAAGCUGUUUAGACUCCUUAUGUAAAGCGGAAGGCCAAGCGGAUACAGAGACAGACGGACGGACGGACGGGCGGACAGACGGACGGACAGACAGGUGGAGAUUUACUUCUGGGCGUGAGGAUGAACAGCAGCCAAUCAAACCUGUCUCUGAAGUGUGUGCGUGACACCAGUGUGACGGCGGUGGUCUUCCCCUGUCUCUACAGCGCCCUCUUCCUGUUUGCGCUGGUGCUCAACUGCCUGGCUGCAUGGAUCUUCUUCAACAUCCGUAGCACCACCACCUUCGUGGUCUACCUGAAGAACGUAGUGGUGGCGGACCUGCUGAUGACUUUGUCCAUCCCGUUGAAGGUCCUCGCGGACGCAGACGUGGGCUCCUGGCGUCUGCGUGCGUUCUACUGUCGCUACUCCGCCGUCCUCUUCUACACCACCAUGUACAUCAGCAUCCUGCUCCUGGGGCUCAUCAGCCUGGACCGCUACCUCAAGAUAGUCAGGCCCUUUGGGAAGUGCGCCCUCCAGAGGGUCGGGGUGGGACAGGCCUUGAGUGCGGCCGUCUGGGCUGUGAUGGUGUCUCUGGCUCUGCCCAAUGCCAUUCUGAGUGACCGCACACCGCUGUUCUCUGGUGGCCGGCUGAAGUGUACCUCUCUAAAGGGUCAGGCCGGCAUGCUGUGGCACGAGGGCUUCAACUACUUCUGCCAAGUGGUGUUUUGGGGAACGCUGGCUCUGAUGCUGCUGUGUUAUACGUUCAUCAGUCGUAAAGUCUACGAGUCCUACAAAGCCUCGCGUAGUGGCUCCAAAGCGGCCAGCCGUAGGACGAAGGCCAAAGUCUUUGUGGUGGUGGGGGUGUUUUUCGUUUGUUUCGCCCCUUUUCAUUUCGCCAGGGUGCCCUACACUCUCACCCAGACCCGAAACAUAGACAACCACUGUCGGGCGCAAAACGCACUCUACGUUGCCAAGGAGACCACUCUCUGGCUGUCUGCCACUAACGUGUGUCUGGACCCGCUGAUCUAUGUGUUCCUGUGCAGGGUGUUCCGGAAAAGAUUGACUGCCACACUCAACCGCAAGCCCCUCCCCCAGGGCGGUUUGGAGUCGCCCACAGCAACCUCCACUCAGCUGGAGAUGUCUCAGAUAGUACAUAACAGAAUGUUGGAUGUCAGUUCGGCCUAGAAGCACAUCGGGCAUGUUUUUUUUCAGCUCUAUUAAAUUGUAAAUAUAUUUCGGCAAGAUGUUAACCCCUGGACAGGUUGUGACCAGAGUAAAGCCCUCAAAUCAUUUCUGGAUAAGUGGCUCUGUUACUAAGACAGAGUUGCAGGUCUAAUAGGCUAUAUAAACAGCAGUGUUCCCACAUGACCUCUGUGAUAGCCCAUGUGUAACGAGUAUUUUGAAACAAAAUGGCUGGUGUUACAUCAGAUAACUGCAGCAGGGCUUUCUAAAUAUCAUCACCAGACACAAGAGUCAACCCAGGCUAAUGUGUCGGUCUCUAAUGAUCGCAAAGUCAUCCUGUCUUUUUUUCUCAGCGUAAUUUACUGUCAGCUCUCACUUCCCUUUUCCUAAUCUUCUCCAAAAAACACUUUCCUUCUUCUUCAUUUCACCAGAAAGGAAAACAACUCGACUGAGUGCUUUUAGAUAAUGUGAGUGUGACGAUGUAACAUACACGCUUACGAAAUGGUAUGUUGUUUGUGUGUAUAGUAUAGGGUGAUGCAGUUUUUACAUGUUGUUGGAAAGCAAGACAAAAGCACAGUUUCUCAGACAUCUCAUGCAAAUACACUACAUGUACAAAAAUAUGUGGACACCCCUUCAAAUUAAUAGAUUCAGCUAUUUCAGCCAGACCCGUUGCUGACAGCCAUGCAUUCUCCAUAGACAAACAUUGGCAGUGGGAUGGCCUUACUGAAGAGCUCAGUGAUUUUCAAAGUGGCACCGUCAUAGGAGGCCACCUUUCCAAAAAAUCAGUUCGUUAAGUUUCUGCCCUGCUAGAGCUGCCCCGGUCUACUGUAAAUGCUGUUAUUGUGAAGUGGAAAUGUCUAGAAGCAACAACGGCUCAGCUGCGAAGUGGUAGGCCACACAAGCUUACAGAGUGGGACCGCC